UAGUGCGAUACGGGGAUGGAGGCCGCGAACAGGCGAGCGAGUCGAGCGAACAGAGUCGAGGAUCGAGAACCAACCGGCGACUCAGGAAGGCAGUGCACGCCCGACUGCCGACACGAGUGGAUGGCGUACGUUGCCGCUCGCGCCACGAUUACCUCGUGAUUUUCCUUCCUGUCAGAUACGGUCACCGUAGUCGAUUUUGUGACGAGUCACGACAGUAUUUUGAAUUACCUUGCGACUAGCACACGGUCAUAGUAUUCAAGUCUGCAGUGACGUUGCGUGUCGCGUAGUCAAUUGCAAUUAAAUAGAGAAAAGAAAAAGCGAGAUAGAAAAAAAGGAAAUAAGGAAAACGGAGAAGGCGAAAGGAAGUUUUUUUUUUUGCAUUCGACCUUUGCCUCUCUCUGUCAUCGUCGCCGUUGUCGUCGUGUUUUGUCAUCUACGGAUAGUACGGUAUCGUACCCGCACACCCACACACGCAGACGCGCGGGCGCAAAUCUUCUAACCACGUGUGUGCGCACGCACGAUGCACGUAUACGUUAUCGGAGUCUAGAGGCUACCGUAAGGGGCGCCCUCCAAAACUUGUGUGUGUGUGCGCGUGCAACCCUACCGGAGCCCGCUGCCGUUGGUUACCAUAGUAGCGCGCGUGCCGAUCAGCUGAUCGUUGGGACUCGAGCGUGUUCGACCGUCGGCAGUCAGCCAACAGCGGCUCCGUCCAUUUGUCGUUUAGUGCGUUCUGUCUGCACGCGUUCCGCGCAGUUCGCUCCUAUUUCGCGUCACGGCAUGGUGAUGACCAAACGAACAGUUUCGUGAACGUCGGUAAUCCGUCUACUUUCGAACGACACGCGGCGGACUCUGGAGAAUUCUCAACGGUGUACAGAGACAAGCUCGUCGAUCGUAUUUACCGCGUCGCGAUGGUGAUCCUAAUCGUUGGAGACGAUAUUGGAACGAUGCAUUGACGUUCGUGUCAUCGAUGACAGACGCAUUGAAACCGAGCAUGAUUCAAGAAAGAUAAAGUCCAUAGUGUGCCACUAGCGAGAGGAGAAUAAUCUAUUGUAGUCUCUUUGGUAUACUUAUCGGGUACCAUCGCAUGCGACUAUUGAGACCUUGCCACCAUUUACGUCAUACAUUUUAAACUGAACCGUCCGGAAACGAAAAUCAACGCUGGAAUGUCCAUCGACAGUGGAGUUAAAUAUUUGUUCUCAUGCCUUGUCCGAUCGGCUACUGUAAAGCACAAUUUUUGAAACACCAAAAUAUUUUCAUCGUUACACGUUAUCAAGCUUCGUUCGGGAAAGUGUUUAUCGAAACAUAAAAGAAACACGCAUGAUAAAUAUCUGAGAAACAACACUCCUAACCUUCAUUAUUAGACACAUAAUACAAGAGGCAUCGUUUUUGGAAGUAGCGGUUUAUUGUACGUUAUGCUCACGAUAGUACCAACAGAUGAUUUAGCGGGCGUCACUGACCUCUGGCGACCAUCAACAACACGCUAUAAAAGAAAUCAAAUAAACAUGUGAAGAAACGAUCAUUCAUGGAAACUAAUCUGUUGGAGAUUUGUUGGAGUAUGUUCCUCGUCUUUCCGAGGUAAUCAGUUAAUUCAAAGAAUCAGACCUGAUUUAAUUAUUCAAAUUAAAUUGGCAGCGUACCUAACCCCUCUAAAGAUGCAACGCAACAGUCAUAGAUCGAUUAAUCACAAGAUGGAGUCGUGGUGAGUUUUCGAAAAAAUAUCGAUACAUCGAUAUCGUUUUGAGUUAGGUGACGCUAGACAUCAGUAGACGAUGGCUGCGCGAUCCGCGUUCGUACGAAAUCGGGAACGGAGCACGUUCGGUUCGAAAACAGUGAUUGUAGUGAUUAAUAGUUUUUGUUGAAACGAAAUUUCAACUGAUUCGACAAUGGGGAUUGCAGAAUGUGAAUGUUUCCUCUGUAUGAACACGCUUUGACAAUCGUUUCUACCUGUGACGUAUCGUUCGACUGCAUUAACCAGACUGUCAAUACGCGAAGUGACACUGUUUUCAACGAACCAUCGUUAAAAGUGAUUGUCAUUUCGUGGUGUGCUUUCAACGAUUGCGAGUCAGCCAGCUACGAUGACAGCCUGAAAUAUAUUCUCGUUCACACGGAAACUCUGUGAUAACCGAUGCCAGCAACGUCAUUAUUCGGAUUAAGUUGUCUGAAAGGAACGUCGUUUCUCCGAUCAUCUCGAUAGAAAAUUUGGUGACGUACGCCGAACGGGCCAGUAUUCAUGCCAGUAUGCCAAUCAGAUGCCAGUAGAGAGCCAGUAUCUGUAUCUGUCGCCACCGAUAGCCAAUUAAUAAGUUACUUAGAUAGUUUAAUUAAUAUAUAACGACAGGAGGAAAUACACAUUUGGAUAAUCGUCGUUAGACAACUUAGACGUGAUAGAUAAUACCGUACGCAUGUAUCCGUAUAGAGAUACGUUACACGCGUGUAUAAUCGAGAAGCAAUAAGGAUCGUGUAGCAAGCAAUUAUUUUUGCAUCGUACUUUUUAUCGAACGAGCACAAUUAUCUCGCAGACCUCGGUUCCGUUUCGGAUGAUCCCUUAGGUGACCGCGUGUUCCUUCGAGGGGUAUAUUCAUAAAUUGGACAGUGCAAUUGAGUAGUGAUCAUCGAAGUGGACUGACCGAUCGAUUUCUCGGCUGUGAAGUGAAUUAAUAUCCCAGGAAAACGAUCGAAACGGAGAAAGGAAGUGAACACACGGCGAGCACGGCGGCUGGAAACGCUGACUUACAUCGAGAGCGCCAACCUGCAAUCAAGGUUCAUGGUUUUCAUGGAUGAGAGCGAGCUCUCGAGCAAGCGGUGGGCCAGUGCGCCCCGCCGCCCGGACAGCCCCUGCUUCCUGGGGGCACCAACGUCUAGGGAGGCGUCAGGACCGCCGGUGCAGCUGGAACCAGUGGACCUGUCCGUGAAAACUCCUGUGGUGUUACAGGUGCCUCGGUAUAGUCCAGCAGCUAUAAUUACUGCCGCCUCUAGAAAAAUCCCUUCGCCUUCAACGACGCCCACGCCUCCUCCGUUCUCCAUCUCCAUCGGUGAGUUUUUAACACACCCUACUACUAAUGAGCUUGUUAUCGCGAAAUUCGUAUCACCGCCUUUGCCACCGCUCGGUGAAACAGCGUGGGAGAGAAACCGGGAACGGGAACGAGAACGGGAAAGGGUGCGAGAGAGGAGCACGGAGAACGAGGAGUCAGGAAUCAGGGAGAGGGAGCCAUGGGAUCGAGAAAAGGAACGAGAUCGAGAUAGGGACAGACAGUGGGACAGGGAAAGGGACAGAGAGAGGGACACGUCGGCCCGCAUGAUGGAACCGCUCGAUCCCGUCUUCGUUUCCUCCUCGGCUGCCCUCCUCGCGUUGCAGAGGAUAAAGGAAACGUCCCUAGUGUUUCACAAACGUCCGACCGGAAUCGGGAUCGGUGGUAGAGGUAACGCCGGUGUCGGAGGAAACGGCGGUAGUUUACCGGUCGAUAGCGAAUGCGGCGACGCAUUGAAACGGCGCAAAGUUCACAGAUGCGACGUGGCAGGCUGCGACAAGGUGUACACGAAGAGCUCCCACCUGAAGGCGCACAAGAGAACCCACACUGGUGAGAAACCGUACCAGUGCACGUGGGAGGGUUGCACGUGGAAAUUCGCGCGUUCCGACGAGCUGACGCGACACUACCGCAAGCACACGGGCCAGAAGCCGUUCAAGUGCCAUCUUUGUCAGCGAUCGUUUUCGCGGAGCGAUCAUUUGUCCCUUCACAUGAAAAGGCACUGAUAAAGAGGCUCGUCUAGCUGGAGGCAGGAAGAACGUAGAAGAAUAAGAAGGAAAAGAAGAAAGGUGAACCGUUGGUUCCGAGGAACAUCGGAACCCGCAGUCGUGAUCGUAGACGAUGACGAUGAUUCUUUUUUUUUUUUUUUUACAUUCGGGACCUGAAGAGCCUUCGAGACUCUCGAAUCGAUUCCGCGGAACGAACAGAGUCGGGGGCGGAUACUAGGAGAAAAAAUGAAGAAGCAAACGAGUCGUUCAUUAGGUUUAGAGGUCUGAUGAAAGCAUCAUUUGUAAUUAUUGGUGGAUGAUCAGUUGCGAACCUGUCAGCAGUCGGGGUACGAUUUUACAUUGUUGAUAUUUCUACUUGUAAGUUUCGGUUCGUGGAACCGGGAGAGAUAGAGCGUAAGAAUUGUUGAAAUGUUUUACCAUGGAAAAUUAUUUAUUUUGUUGUUGAAUUGGUGUUACUUGUGAUAGACAUCACGGAAGCUUAGCUUCGAUAAAUGAAAAAGAAGAAAAGAAUGGUAUAGCGGAUGACAUCGAUUGCUGCAGGUUCAGCAUAACUGUUUUUCAUUUAUUUUUAUUUUUGUUUUUUUUUUUUUUUUAUUUAUAGCCAAUUUUUACUCGUUCGUAUUUCCAGUUUGUUUUCAUCCUUUUUUUUCUUUUUCGUAUGAUUAAAUAAGGCCAGCUCAACUAGUCUAGAGCACCAUAUUGUAUCGUCUAUUGCGAAGAAAUAGAGCCAGUAAAUGGGGGAAGAGAAGUAAAGUAUCUUUAAGGUAAUUAAACGACUAAUAAUUAAAGAGAAUAAUCGAACUCCGAUGAAGGAGCUUGGGACUUAGCAUGCUCAGUUAAAUAAACUAAACAAAAAAUCGUGAUCGUCGAACAAGUUUUUUCUAACGCGUUAAAUAGCGAUUUUAUCCGACUAUGCACAAAGAAUUUCGCGUUUAGGAAAGGACAAUCAUUGACGUUUUUCAUUGUCAAAGAAAACCAGGGAAUCAGAUGCUCUGUAAGCCAGUAUUACGUGUGUGCAUAAAGCAAUAUAAACGUGUAUAUUAUCAUCGACGUUAUUGCGAUGCUUUUUUUUUCUAAUUUUCUCUUUCUCUUUACUCGAUCGCAAACAUUCUUCGAUCGUACCUUGUUCAGUAAGGUAGCAACCUUUUUUUUCCACACUCGUACACGUACACGCAGAUACACACGAAACACAAGGUGCCAAAGUAGAAGGUGCAAAUAAGGUGUCCAUUACGCUCAAACAUUGAAGGAAGACGAAGAAAGUAGAUCGAAGAAUUAUUUUUUAAACGCUUUUGCACCUAUCGCCGAAUCGAAUGUUCUCGUUAAUUGAACGGCAAACAUUUCGAGCCUCGAUCCGUGCACAUUUUAUUUUGGCAUCUGCGAGAUAUAGUUCGCGGACGAUGGAAAAACAAAUUACGCUCGAAAGAGCCAAUGAGAAAUUUCUCUGAAUCGUAGAACGCGUCAAUGUUCCUCGUGCUUUUGAAAGUGUAUAUAAGAGAAAGAAGGUUCGUAAUAUCACGGUUUGUAUCACUGAUGCACCGAGUCGUCUGUUCGAUCGUCGCGGAUUUACAUAGUUAAAAUUAGAACUGCAACAAAUCGUAUAUGACAUAUCGAGAUCGAACAAAGACAUCGACUUCGUGCAUCGAGUAGAAUAAAAUCAGGCUGUUACUUGACGGGGCUAUUUGUAAGAAAACACGCAGUAAAAGGGUAAUUUUUAUAAAAUACGAUUCAGUAAAUAAAAGGAAGAUACCGUGGCAACGUGAAAUUUAUUCUGUAAACAGCUACGAUCGAAUUUCGCGUGAUCUUUUAGCAGAAGGUUCAUGAAAAUCGAACGAGCUUGUAAAUAAUUUAAAAAGCCGAAGUACACGCGACGUCUCCGUGUAAAGAACGUGUGCAGCACAUUUCCCUGUUUUCUUCGAACCAGUGUUUUAUUAUUUUCUUAUCUCUUCUUGUCACCUUACGUGCUACGCGAUCGAAGGUAGCCGAAGGAACGGAGAACUACUUCGAAGUUAGUUUAAAUCGAUGGAACUAAGAUGCCAGUAUAUGCUAGAGCCAGUUUAUAUUCGUUAAAGAAAGAAGGGAACCUCUACGUGUAAGAUUAACGCCGAUGAUCGAUAAAUGAAUACUUGUUACGUGUUGUAUUUCGAUAGGGAAUAGUGCCUUUUAACGUUAAGGAAGAGUAUGCUGCGUUAGGCCUUAAGUAUACUGCUAGUGCCUUAAGUCACGCGAAUCUUCGUGCUUGUACUCGUUUCAUAACGCGACCAUUCGAAUCCUCGCCCGGAGGACCAGUGAGAUAUCAAGCUGUUGCUUUAUUAGUUUGCUCGGGACUCGAGUGGAAAUCGAGUACCCACGAGAUACUUGGUUAUUCUCGCCUCCCAACGUCGUCGUUCGUUCGAAACGAAUUAACCAUUAGAAUUCAAUCAUUUUCCGAUUUCUGUCAUUUACAUCCUACACGUACCAACGAUUUUCUUCGAUUUCUGCUUUCAAAACGAUCGUCAAUUGAUUCCAUCGGUGACACGCAUCGAACCGGGGAUAUACGAAUAUCGUGUGGGCUCUAAAGACCGACCGCGCCCCUAGGUGUGUAUGAAUAAUUUUCGUAUGAUCGUCACUGCGAAAUUCAAUCCGAAAAUGGACGAGGUGCCACCCAGGAUGCCAUUCUACGAUCUUGAUGACUGAUACCGUUGUACCUUUCCUGUAGGGAAUUUCUUCAGCCGGAGCAGCCGUCAGUAAUCUGAGCGCAGCGCGGGCGAUGAGAAAUGUAUACUGACGUCAUGCCGACACCCUCUUUGAUCAUUAUCAUUUUUUUUUUUUUCUUUCUUUCUCUACACCGUGCCGAGCUCGUGCCGAGUCGUGCACCUCUCGACGAUGCAUCUCAACGGCGUUACCUCCACCUCGAGACGAUUCAUUUCGGUUAAUUGUCGACGCGGCGAUAAAACGAAACUUCCACGCGAAUCAUCAUCCUUCCUUGGAAUUUCAUUUCCUUCGAACCCGAGUAACUUUAGUUUCAUUUCUUUCUAUUUUCUUCCGAGGGUAUCGUCGAUCACGUGCAAUCAUCGUACGUGAAAUUAUCUGAAUAAUUAUGGAAAAUCGAGGAUUUACUUAGGUGUACUCAACAUCGACGUUUCUCAAGGCUGACUUAACACGAACAUUCCACGAGCAUAGACGUUUUGUAGUUGGAAAUGCUCUCGCGAAAAGUUGGACAAAGGCGCGUGGACAAUUUGUAUCUCAUGUUAAUGCGAACCCAUUCAAUUUUCCAUAGAAGGCUAACCGUCGAGGAAACAGGAAAGCACGCGUAUAAAGGGGCUCGAGCCGAACGCGACCGAUUUUCUAUGAAGGCCCCACCUAGGAAAAUUAGCAUUUCAAGUGCCUUAACGGACGUCAACUGACAAGCAACUAAUCGAGGUUCCGCAUUCGGAUCGAAAUCACCUUCUACGACAGAACGGACGCUUUCGUCCGACCGUCGGACACUUGGUUGACACACUUUGGAUAAAAUGACAGUUCGAGAUGGGAAGAAAACGCGAACAGGUCGGUGGGAAAUUUGCAUGAUUCUUUUUUAAAAAUCACGUUAUAUCUUCAUUAUUUUCAAUUUUUGAUGUUGCAUUUGAAUUGGUGAUCGAAUCCUUGAUUUCCUUCGCACGAAAGAAUUUCAUUUAUUCGUAAUUCGAAGACGAAGCUGAUGCGUCAGUCCGUCAAAGUAGCGAUGAUUCUUCGCUUCGAGGGCCAGUAAAGAUACACAAUACACAGAUACAUACACACACACAUGCACGCAUCAGUAACUCACACGUAUACCUGAUCAAGCAAACCACAACUAAAUUACAAUUUUAAUAUGCGAUCACGCGCGGUGCUCAAUCUUCCUUGGUGCUUUCGCACGUUCAAUUCGACGUGCGUACGUGUACACUCGGCUGCAACGUAGGUUUCUCUUGGUCGAGGAGAAAAUCUUGGGAGAACCUAAAGAGAGCGUUAAUCAAGAGAAACCUAAGUUGCGGCUGAUUGUACAUCAACGUGGACAAUAUACGAGGUCGAUUCUUAAAGAUCCAUUAACGCAGGAAGGCAACAGUUGUCGUUGCGGAAUGUGUGCAAGGUGUUUGCUUCUAGGAGACAGUGGACCAUGCAAUAAACGAAAUGCAAUAUCGAAUAGAAAAUUUCCACUGGUUCGUUAAUUUUCUUAGUUACUUAAUAAGCGAGAUUGUUUACGAUGGAAGGUGUUUUACGUGGUCCAAGGAUCUCCUUGAACGCGAAACCAGGCGAGCCGAACGAACCGGUGAUUAUCGACUCUAACACGGAAAAUUUCUCGUGAAUACACUGAAAUAAAAAAUAUAAAAAGAAAAAAAGAAACGGAACCUACUAGGUCGUAAGGUAGAUACUAGUGGAGCAAUAAAAUUACUGUACAUAGUAUGUAAAAUUAUCCGUUAAUCAUCACUGAUGAAGAAGCAACGGAUCAGCGUAGCAUAAUUAUCUCGCAAUAAUGUAAUCAAUGGGGGCCAGUAAUUCUCUCUCGGAUCUCGCACGGAUUUAUACAAUGCGAGGCGCGUGACGUGCCCUUUCUCCGACAGAUUUUCACCAGAUCCAAUUUCUUUGUCGCGAGUGAAACGAGAUGCAUCGAACAUCGCUUUCAGGUUCCUACAGAGCAGGUGCGACACGUCGCGUCGAAUGGGAACACGAAAGGGUUAUUCUAGCCAAAAUUCGUGUACGUGGCUCGCGUCGACUCGGCGUGUUUUCAUUGGACGAGAACGUGCGCUGAAAAAUUCGACUGUCGUGUCAAUAGGCUGAGAAAGGGACGUUGUUUUGAUGUCGCGCGCCGCCAACUAUUAUUUAAUAAGGAAUAGAAUUGUACAUGUCGCGUAGAAUCGCGUAAUAUAAUAAUAUAUUAAUACUACGACUCACUGUAUAAACGAAGGCAUUAUUACAACUUUGUACUUUCUAAUUAUUACAUUAAUCGCGUCGCUUGAGGACGGCCGCUAUUUCGUAUCGCGCACGUCGCCAGGGGAGGUUUUGUUAGUGCAUUAAAAGAUAAAAAAAAAAAA